AUGAUCAGCGUUUCUGGGCUUGAAAAUGGAAUCGAUGUUAAAACUGUGAGUUUACACGCUAGUUAAUCAUUUUUUGGCGUGGCUUGUGCAGAAAAUCCAGAGGCCGUGUGAAAAACGUGAAAAAAGAUUUUGCCGAAUUUGAAAAAAAAACUCUAAUUCGCUACUGUUAUACAUUAGAACGUUCUCCGGUAUCCGAUCGAGUUUGUAAAACUAACAUAAAUUAUAUCAUUGAAAAAAACGCAAUUAAAAAAACUCAACUGUGCCAAAAAGUAAUCUCGCGAAAUUCGAAUUUAUCCCUGACUCGCUUCGAUUUUUGGACUUUUUUUGGCGAAUCUAAUAAAGAUGUCGAAAAUCUGUGAGUGAUCCGAUUCAGUGUACAAAAUGAUAGAUGAAAUCCGAAUUUUUCAAAAACUUCGAGCCCUUUUUCUUACUUGUGUAAAUCGGGAAGUGAGUGACGGGGAAUGUAUUAUUUAGAAAAACUUAUGUGAUGUGAAGUAUAAAGUGAGAUAAAAAGUUCGCGAUUGCGACUGAUUGUGGGCUGAGUCGGCCAUCAGCUCGACCCAAAGCACAGCUCUGCUUUUUCUAGAUGGUUCUUUAACUUUUUUAAAUAUCUUUUUCCGAAGCCUCUCCAACUUUUUUGGGUUUCUGAGCGUUAUCAUGGAAUAAAUUUCAUUUCACGAACGGAAAAAAUUUACUCUAAAAAAUUUCCAAUAUUCUCGUACGAACUCAAAUAGUAAUCACCCCAAAACUCAAAAAUCGACUCGCUUGAGCAGGGGUCGAGUUGAAACUUUGGCGACUUAUGAACCUACGCCCAAGGAAAGAAAGUAGAUUAUUUACUAGACCCCAUAGGCUUCUGAGAAAAAUCUCUCUAAAGAAAUAGAGGAAGAGUCAUGUACGCGCCUGAACUUCCUUCUUUCACAAGGGUAGCUUGGGGCAGUCUCGCUGUUUUUUUUUUUUUUUUGAGUAUCCAUGGUAUCUGCGGAGUUUAAAGUUUUCUGCAUUUCCCUCGAAGGCAAAAACCUUGUAAAAGGCAUAAAAUGGAUGAAAACGAUUUUUCUUGAUUAAUUUGGUUCUCGAAGAAGAACUUAAUGAAUAAAAUAGUCUGUUUUUGCACUACAACUAUGUAUGUUUUCAAUUCGCGUCAUUCAUAGAAAAAAUUUCAGAGAGAUCUAGGAAAAAUUCCAACAGGCAUCGAAGUGCGAAAUAUGACUUUUUUCAAUUCCUUCAAUUUUUUUUUGAUAAUCAAUUUUUUAAGAAAUGACGUUUUACUUUUUUUAUGCUGUUCACAAACUUUUCUUCUUCUUCUUUAAAAAAAAAUGCAAAAAAUUUUGCACUCACCAUCUCGGGCAUUAUCGUGUCAGAACCCUUUUUUCGAUGGCUCAAGCCAGCCGUGAAUCAGCUAUACGAAUCCAUCCAUAUUUGGGAAAAUCAAAAGAAAAUUCUGAAUUGGAAGUUAAAAAUACCUCAUGUUCAGAUGAAAAGCUAGAACGAAAAAAGUUUAACGUCAAUGUUUGCAUGAGAAAAGUACAUUUUUAGAGUGAACAAGCGUUUUUUGGAAGAAAAAAAAACUGGGUGAUACGAGUGAGUAGCUCGUGUACAUUAGAUAAGAAAACUAAGCAAGAAAAAAUAGAAUGUUCAAAGAAAUUUCGGCGAAACGCAAUAUUAUCUCUGACUCUCGAAAAUUUGGUAUCUUUCUCUUUCUCUAACGGGUAUUUUGAAUUUCGCGGAAUCACUUUGAACACGGCAUAUACAUUUUUUUGUUGGGUAGAAUAAAAAAAUAAAACUAAAUCUGAGAGCUUUAUCGAAUAGUUCAUUGCGACUUUUUACAGGAAACGUGUAAAACGACUCGUCUAAAUGAAGGCGUCGCGAUAUUGGAUUGUUUCUCGUUGACGAUCAAGGAGAUUAAAUUUUUCUGUUAAUUCCGUUAGCAUUUUGAUUGUUCGAGUCGUCUCUUUUUCUUUCCAUCUCGAUUUCUCAUUUGGCCGUCGAUUCAUUAGUCAUUUUUUACGCUAAUCUUCUUUGAGCUAUUUACUAUUUCUUUUUCUCUACAAAAAAAAGUUUUUUGGACAGUCUUUUUUUGAGUUUUUUUAUUUGUAUGAAGUUUCUUCAAAUAUAUAUUUUCACAAAAAAAUUUUAUCUUUAUAUCCUGCUAUAGGUAAUCUACCUAAAAAAAUUAUUUCUGAUAUCUGAAGUUUUGUAAACUAAUAAGGCAAACCCUCUUUUUGGCUUUCAUUUUUUUCGUACUUUAUCAAUCAGUCAUGAUUGACGAAGUACGAAAAAUAGAGCCCAAUUGAGCAAAAGGAGGCUAUUUGAAUGGUAAAACCGCAUUGAAAGCGCCUCGAAAGCGGCACAACAGCGCAGUUCCCGCGACGCGGCGGCACUACUGCGCCACGAAAGCGCGGGAUGUGCGCGCCUUUAGGCGGGGAAGGGGGCGCCUUUAGGCGGGGAAGCGGGCGCCUUUAUGCGCGCAGUUGUCGGAGGUUUAACAUAUAUUAGUAGAUUCUUGAAACUUUCAGAGAGCUUUUGCUGGAUAUGGCGAUCGGCUUUGAUACCGAGCCGCCGUUGUUCGCUGCGGUGAGAGAUUCCAAUAUCAAACAAGGUGAAAACGAAUUAUUUAUUAAUGCAUUUAUGUAUUUUCAGUGAAGCUUCUUUGCGAGAAAGGCGCCUCCGUUCAAGACCGUGAUGAGGACGGCAAAACGUUGUUUAUGAAGUCUGAUUUUUUCGACUACGAAGAAUCGGUUUCUCAAGAGGCUUUUGAGAUUGUAUAGUUUUCAUUGCAGGCGGAAAUUUUCAAGUUUAUUAUCGCUCAAGGUCUUUCCGUCAAUGCUGUCGAUGACGAUGGUGAAUCAGAGUUUGUCUUUCAACUGAGAGAUUUUGAAGAAUAUGCAAAAACAAAAUUUGAAGUGGGCGCGUGGCCCCAAGGUUCUUUGAUAGGAAAAACUAUUUAAUCGUAUUUUAAAAAAUGCAUAAAGAUAUUAGUUGAAGGUUUUUACAAAAUCAGUUUUUAGGGUUAUCGGCGCUUCAUUAUGCUAUAAUCGAUCGUAAUAUCAUCCUCGUGAAGCUUCUAACUUCCGAAGGCGCGAGUUUUGAAACGGCCGAGAAUUUCACGAAUCCGCUGUUCGUCGCGGCUUUGGAUCCGGAUUGUGUUCGACUUUCAAAUAUUUUUUGUUGUAAUUUUCAUCUUUGCAGCCUGAAAUAUUCGCUCAUUUGAUUGAAUACGUCGAGGAUAGGGUUUUGAAAAAAGACGCGCUGUUGCUGAGAGCAACUACCGAACUUUUGAGUUGCCAAGAAGAGCUGAACUUGGAAAAGUUGGACUGUUUGAGGAGGCCCCUGGGAAUGAUCACCGACAAGGAUGUUUCCACUGAAAAAUAGUUAAUUAGCUCUAUCGAUAAUUUUUGAAGAGAGAAAAUUAUUGUGAGAAUCCGAUUCGGGCCUAUGAUUAUCUGAAUGAAGCGACCUCUUUCCGCGAGUUUGAAGCCGAGAAACCUGAAGAUCUGAAAAGAUUCGUAAUCCUUCAAGUAAAAAAACGAUUUCACGGCGUUCUUAAACGAGGUGGGGAGACGUCAAAAAAUUUUUGGCUCGAAAUUCGAAAUCUCAAGUACGCAGCAAAAUGGGGAGUACGGUAUUUUUCAUGCCGUUGGAUACUCAGUUUAAUAGGUAGCUGUGACGUCACAGUCCUUUUAUCCGGAGCGCGCACUUUCUUUUUUUUGUAAAAUCAGAAACUUUGACGCCUCGCUCACCUUCUCUCACCCCCAUUAGGAAUGCCGUGAUUUAUUUUUCCUGAAGUUCAAAAUCUUUUUUAGUGCUUCAUAAUGCGAGAAAGAAUCCUUGACGAAAGUCAUCCAGCCGUUCGAAAUCAGUUACGCCGGUAUAUCCGAUUUUUCUCCUUCCGUUACGAUCCCAGAUAUUACUUUGACGAAAAAAAAACGAGCGAAGCUGGAUUUUUUAAGCGACAACGACCUCAUCCAUCACACUGCUUACUUGUAUUUCCAGUAAUUUAUUUUUUUCUUUGAACUGAAAAUUUAUAUUUUGUAGAGCCGAAGGGCUGUCAGAAUCUUCAAUUUUCGUGAUAAGCUACAUCAGCACCCAGCUUAUGGCGUGUUCAAUGGUAUUCAACGAAGGACGGAGCCAAGAAACUUGGGAAGAACUCGUUGAACUCGCCGACGAACUGCUCGACGAGGUCUUCUACGCAUUGAGACGGGUCCGUUCUACUUCUCCUUUAAAAAAUGGGUCUAAAAAACUACAGUUUUUUAGGGCAAGCUACUAAGAAAAGUUUAGGGGACCCCUAUAGGGAUUUCGCCAUGUCGGGGCCCCUAUAGGAGGUAAAUUUUUUUAAGCAGCUUUUUAGUCUUUUUCCCCUAUCUUAACCCCUAUAAAUCCCUAUAGGGGCCUCUAAACUUUUCUCAGUAACUAUUUUAGGAGUGCGCAUAAAGUAUUGCAAUAAUCUUUAAAACACUGCUAUCCAAUUUUUUCAAAUCCUGUUUUCUAUGAUUUUUUACAUGGGUUGCGUGCUUCUAAAUACAGAGUUUCAUCGCUCAAGCUUUAUUUAAAAGGCUUGAAUUUUUUUUUCAAGUCUUUCGGAGUGCAGCAAACAAACAAAGAUGGGUAGGUAUCCCAGAGUGGUCCCUAUAGAGGUUAAGAGGGAAAAGCAGCCCCCUAGGGGACGAAAGGUGGUCCCUAUAGGGCUAAAAUCGAGGCGGUUCCUAGAGGUUUUUAGAGUCUGAUUCAUAAAAUGUUCAAGUGGUCCUUAUAGGAGUCUUUAAAUUUCAUUCAAAAAAAGCUUAUUUAAUCAGUUUUCCCAGGAAAUGCUUCUUCACAUAGAGUUCGUAAAAAUUCGACUAGCAUGUUCCCUAUAAGGACCACUUUUGCAAGCUUUAGUGGCCCCUAUAGGAGUCGGUACAAAAUAGCUUUUGUAAUCAAGAGAAACAAAGCAUGAAUUAACAGCCAAGCAUUUUUUUUCAAGUGUUCUAUGCGCACCCUGCACUUUUCUCUUCACUGGGAUUAUCUGUAGUGUGUCCUAUAGGGAAAAAAAAAACCCUACGGAGGUAUACGAAAAGAUCCCCUAAAUGGUCUUUUAGGACACACUAUAGCUUUUCCCAGAUGAAAAACGAAUUUCUCCCAAACGAAAAAGUGGUUUUAAAGGCCUCCUAUAGGGGUUCCUACAAGUUUCUCUCUUUAGGAGGUCCUAACACUCCCUAUAGGACCCACUUCAGCUUUUCCCAGUACUUCCGCAUUCAUGUCAAAGAUAAGCCUACUGAUUUCAGGCUAUAUUUCGACGCGUCGAAAAUGAUUUUCUCAAAGAAGUGGGCGAAAGUAUUUUCAACCUUCUAUAUGUGGUUAUUUCCUUCUUUUUAGCGUUUGGAAUAUUUAUUCGGUUUCAGAUUGGAAGCGCUCCCAAAAGCCCUGAAGAUCGAACCGAAAGAGGAUUCCGAGUUUCAUAUGUAAGCUAUUAACACGCUGUCUCUGUAACUGUCAAAAACAACGAGUACAAUAAAAAAAAAAUUUUUUUGAUUCUCAUGAAACUUCAUCCAGUGUGAUAACCCAUCAUCAGAAAUGCGGACGCAAAUUUUUGAGCCGUUCCCUCCUACUGUAGCCGAGUUACGGUAGGCAGGUGGGCAGGUGGGCACCUGCGUAUCUAAGCAUUGAAGAGUUUUUACUAAGCAUGUGAUAUAUCAAUCGAUAGGUAAUCCAGUUUUAGCAGUUUUCUCAGUACUUACCAUCUUCGGUUACUGUAGGAAUUUUCGAGUUACGGUGUCUUUUGUGUUUGGAAAGUAGGUUUUUCGGUCACCCUGGCCGUCGGCAUAGAAUCGCGUCGUGAUUGCUUUCAUGGAAUAUGCCCUUCAGUAUGCUCCACACCAUGCCACGAAAAAAAUUAGAAUUUCUUUGAACUCAAUUUUUGCGUGAGAGGUAAGAAAAGUAAGAGGAAAUGGCUCAAAAAGUUGUGUCUGCUUUUCUGAUGAUGGGUUAUCACACUGGAUAAAGUUUCAUCAGAGUCAAAAAAUAAAAUUUUUUGUUGUACCCGUUGUUUUUAACAGUUACAGAGACAGCGUGUUAAUAAGCUCUUUCGAAAAAAUCGCCUUUUUCAGUUGUCUUCCACGUUUCGAAUCGCCGAAUUCCACGAAAUUCCACUUUUUCAUUCAACAAUGUUUCUCAGGUGAUCAGUGCGAGAAUUGUCAUUCCCGUCUUGAAAGGCGAGGGAGGCGGGACGCGUAGCGUGUGCGCGCGCGGUUCUUCAGCGACUAAUUUUUUUCAUUUAUUUUUUAAUUUUUCAUAUUCAUUUGUGCGUUGAGAAAAUAGAACAGUUGUCAAAAAAGCGGUCCGUUCCAGUUUGACGUCAUGGGAAACAGGCGUAAACAACAGGAAUUAUUAAAGGCGCAUGGUCAACAGGUCACGAGACUAAUCGAUUUCUCAUUUUUUUAAAAACGCAAUUUUAUUGUUACGUGAUCUAAGUGAUUCUGCGAAUUUCAAAGUAGCCACCAGUAAGUGAAAAAUAUAACUGAAUUUCGAAAAUUCAGAGAUGAUUUUUAAUUACGCGAAAAUUAUUUUCAACACGGCAUGUGCGAAAGCGGGGCAGUGCAUGCACACGACACACUACAUUUACCGGAAAAAAGCGGCGCGACGUCAAAAAAAAACCGCCUUGAAUCGUAUAGCUUAUCCCGCGCCAGCUUGUCACGUUUUUCUCUCCGCCAAAAAGAUCGUAUACCAAAUUAGAUCGAAUUUAUGCUUUUAUAACGGCAAGAAACAAAGGUCUUGAAGAGAAUUUGCUAAAUUUUUACCUGGCCUUUCGGCGGAAAGAAAAACCCGACAAGUUGGCGCGGAAUGGCCUUUACCGAAAACCGCGUACGCGCACGCUACGCAUCCCUCGCCUUUCAAUUCGGGAUGGAUCGACUAUAUCUUAAAUAUACUUCAGUAAACCGCAUUGGGUUUCGAUUUUCGUCCAAGCUGACGCCAACGUCAAUGAGAAAGAUGCGUACGGACAUACGGCGCUCGCGGCAAUUUUCCAUUACUUUUAUGAGUUUUCGCAGAAACCCGAUGAGAAACCUGGCUUCAAGUAACCGAAUAUCAAUUUAUCCACCGUUUUUAAUAGUAUCUUUAAGGCAUUUAUCCUUUUUGCGCGAGUUAAUCAUCAACGGGUCGCGGCUUUUCAUUCGCGACGUCGAGGGCCAUCAUAUUUUCUCCUCCUUAUCGGAAAUUCAAAGCAAGCCUAACUUUCAAGACCCCGUGAUUCUUGGUGAAAAACCAUUCUCUUUGUUUAAUAUAUUUGAUGCCGUGUUCAAAGUAAUUUCCGCGAAAUGCAAAAUACCCGUUAGAGAAAGGAAAAGAUCACUAAAUUUUGGAGAGUCAGAGAUCAUUUUGCAUUUCGCGGAAAUUACUUUGAACACGGCAUGAAUUCCAGGAAAAUACAUAACGCUGAAGGAGAUGAGCGCCGAAAUUGUCGAAGCCACGUAUUCCAAGGAUUUUUUGCGAAAAACCUUGCCCCGCGACUUGGGCGAAUAUCUUUGGUGA